GUCUUGGCUCCAAGAGGGCGUCUUCGACCUCCCGGAGUGGAUCGAAGCAGUCGACCGCCGGGAAGCAGUCCUUGCAGCGCGUCUCUUCGAAGCUCCGAAAAGGCUCCAAGGAAAAGAGGCCAGGGCACAUCCGCCCCAAAUGUGACAUUCUCCUUCACGUGAAGCCGCCCCUGGCAGAGGGAUCCGUGUUCUAUCGGAGCGCCAACGGGUGCUUCUUGACAAGUGAGCGCAUCGCUCCCAAAGCUAUUGUUGCGGUAACCAUCCGCGAGACGCAAGAGCGGGUUGAGAUGCAGGUGAGAGCUGAGCUCACGUGGCAGCACCAUGACUGGUGCAUUCAUAAGGUGGCAUCAGCAGAUCCGGAGUUUGACAAGCAGUUCUUUGCCGAGUGA